UCCCCAUCACUGCCCUAGGGGAUCCUUUGCAAGUAUUGAAGUACAACAUCCAAAAUUAAUUACAAGAGAUUUUGUGCAAAUGUAAGAAGAAUAAAAUCACACAAAAAGUUGAUUUAUUCAGCCUGUUUUUAAACAGUUCUCUAGUUAAAGUUCUACACUCUUUUCCUUUUAUUCCCAGUACACACAAUCUUCAUUAUUUCCUCAUAACUGAAGUGCUUUAAGAAGCUAUGCUAGGGGGGCAGCUAGGUAGCUCAGUAGAUUGAGAACCAGGCCUAGAGACAGGAGGUCCUAGGUUCAAAUCCGGCCUCAGCCACUUCCUAGCUGUGUGACCCUGGGCAAGUCACUUGACCCCCAUUGCCUAGCCCUUACCACUCUUCUGCCUUGGAACCAAUACACAGUAUUGACUCCAAGAUGGAAGGUAAGGGUUUAAAAAAAAAAUUAAAAAAGAAGAAGCUAUGCUAGAAGUCUUAUCUCCUUUUCCCAAGGAACCUUUUACUUCUUAUGGAUGAUGUUAUUCAAGACAUGGAAAAAUCCCCAAUUUAGGCAAUGCACUGCACUUAAAAAUUAGGAGGUUUCAGUUCUGUUGCCAGAUCACUGAUUUAGAAUGUUAUACAAGUUCUCUGUCUUUGCUUCACUUUUACCCUUCUUGGUUUCCUAGCACACAGAACAUGGGCACUUAUUGAUUGCCUGACUUUUCUUUUGGGGGAUAUUGAGAUCAAAUAUAAAAUUACACUCCCAUGUGUAAAAAAUCUUGAAAAAUUGAUAGAAAGUAAAAUCAGUAUUGUAUGGGAGAAACAUCAUAUUCUUAAAAUCUUGAUAAGGCUUGUCAUUUUCUCCCUCUCUCCAUCUCCCCCGACAUUCUUUACUUUCAGCUUCUCGCUCUUGCUUCAAACUUUGUUCCACAGAAUCAUUUACCAUAUUCUGGAUAUGCCUAUUUACAACUCUUUCCCCACCUCUCACACACAUACCUACCCUGCUAUAUAUAUAAAUGGGGCAUGUGUAUACACAUAUUCUGUUUGUCUCUGUCUCUGUCUCUCUGUCUGUCUGUCUCUCUCUCUCUCUCUCUCUCUCUCUCUCUCUCUCUCUCUUUCUCUCUCUCUCUCUCUCUCUCAAAUUCUACCUGAAGUCAUCGCUAUAGUACAAAAACAGCCCUGGAUACUCUAGGUCUUGAUCUUUCUUCUCUAAAUACAAAGAAAUGACAUUUAUAAUUUAUUACCUACUCUUACAAUUUUGUCAUCUUCUUUGCUAUUUCAUGUCUUAUUUUCUCCUCAUCAGAACUGUAAAGUUCUUGUGGACGAGAAACCCUGUAUUUUACUACUUCCUUACCUAUCAUUGCUAUCAGAAUAUACUAUAGGUGCUCCAUAAAUAUUUGUUAAUUUAUAUUAAGUAAUAGAUGGUGAAAGAUUUAUAUUUUAUAGAAAGAGCAUAGACAUUUAGUUUAGAAAAACAGCUGACCAUUUCUUAUUAUUAAUCAUUUGGGUGGUGUGGUAUAAAAUGUUCAGACAUAUAAAGCUGAAAUUCUUGGUUUCCAUGACAUACAGUAAAUGAGAUCUUAUUUUGUGAGGACAUUUCCAAGGAUUGUUUAUCCUUACAGUUAAUUGACUCUAUGUACCAUGGAAGUGAUAUGGUAAUCUAUGCUCAAAACAUUGUCAUCCUUAAAAUGCUAUAUAAAUGAAACCUUUUUGUAUUCUUUUGCCUUUCUUAAGAAUGAACUUAUCUUUGUAGGACUAUGAAAGACAAUUUUGUUUUCAGGAAGAUCUUUUUAUUUUAGCAGUAAUAAUCUCCUUGGUGACAGAGAAAGUGAGAUACCAGGUGGUAAAUAUUUUGAGUAUAGCCAAAACCUGUUUUCAAAAAGAGAUGAUUAGUUUUGUUUGUUUGUUUCUUUGUUUUCUCAGAGUUACAGUUAAAGAUUUAAUGAUUGGGGCAGUUAGGUGACUUAGUGGAUUGAGAGCCAAACCUAGAGAUAGGAGGUCCUGGGUUCAAAUUUGACCUCAGUUACUUCUUACCUGUGUGACCCAGGGCAGAUCACUUAAUUCCCAUUGCAUAGCCCUUAUGAUAUGGAGUUAUGGCUUUUAAAUUCACUCAAAAUUGGUGUGGCCUACCUAGUCAAGUUUUUUUUUUAAUCUAAAUUCAUUUUAGAUUUUAAUUAAGAUGAUCAGAAUAUGUUAGAUAGCUCUGCAGUUGGCAUUUCCUGAUUUUUGAUUAUUUUCUAGAGUCUUACCUAUUAAACUUUUCUAAUCUAUGUAUCAGUGGGGAUUGAUUUUUAAAAAAUAGUGAAUAAUAGGUAGUACUCACCUAAUCCCUUGCUGUUAACCUGGUAGUAUAAAGAGAUUAAGAGAUAAUGAAUUGCCAGGAACUCCUAGAUAAUUUUUUCAAGUUCCUAAUGUUGCCCUGCUUUUAAGUGGAACCUCUCCUGACAAUUCAUGUUAACAUUUAGGAAAUUCCAUAGAGAUGGGCUAGUACCAUCCUGACAGCUCAUAGUUCCGCAUCUACCUUCCUAAUUGUUUCCUUGGGAUUAUUUGGAUGGUGUAGAAAGCUUUUGGCAAAUCCCCUUUAUUAUUGAAGUCAUUGUUGCCAGCCAGAAUAAGAUUAAAGGUGCUUAAGUCUGCAGAGUUGUUUCUAAUUUGUACAUGUCAUUUUAGUGGCAUUUUAACAGAAUUCUGUCUUUUUCCCCUCCUUCUCCCUGUGGUACUAUGCUGAGGUAGGUCUGAAAAGCCAAGCCAUUGGAAGAAAUCUCAUUUUGUUCUCCUAAUUAUUAUGCUGGCACUCAGGAGAUAAUUUUUCCCUUCAUGCACUGCCAAUUAAUAUGCAAAUGAGAUGAUAAAUAUUUAUGUGGUGAUUUAAAUUAUGCAGAGAGUGCUUUCAGUGUACUCUGCAAAUGAAUUGUUCCUGGACUUCAAAGUGCUGGCUGCUGUGCUAACGAGAGGAGAUUUGCAUAAGGCCCUAAUCAUGCGCAUACUGAUUAAGCUUCAUUAUGGAAACUGCCAGCUGCAAUCUUUGUUUCUAUUUUAUUACAAAAAGGGGAACUUUUCAUGCUUCAGUUGCCUUGACAAUGUCAGUCCUAGCUAGUAGGAGAGCCUAAAACUCCCCAGAGCAACUGAAGUUUCCUUAUUCAGUUGAAGAUUGCUAUGGUGUAACUGAAGUUGUGUAUUUUGCUUCUCCCUGUCCCCUUUCCACCCCUAACCCCCAUUCCUUUCUCAUUCUGUUUUAAAGCUGUAGUGUAGAUUUGUGAAAAUCGUCCAUCCUUUUCCCCAACUUCCUUGCUUUUUCUUCCUUCCUUUGGAUUUUCUAACCUGUAGAGGAUUUCUGAGCAAUGCUGGACUGCAGUGACUAUGUUCUAGACUCAAGAAUGAACAAUCCGUCAGAAACAAGUAAACCAUCAAUGGAAAGUGGAGAUGCCAAUACAGGUACACAAACGAAUGGCCUGGACUUCCAGAAGCAGCCUGUUCCUGUUGGAGGAGCAAUCUCUGCAGCUCAGGCUCAGGCCUUCCUUGGACACCUCCAUCAGGUCCAACUCGCUGGAACAAGUUUACAGGCUGCUGCUCAGUCCUUAAAUGUACAGUCUAAAUCUAAUGAAGAAUCUGGGGAUUCCCAGCAGCCAAGCCAGCCUUCCCAGCAGCCUUCAGUGCAGGCACCCAUCCCCCAAACUCAGCUCAUGCUGGCUGGAGGACAAAUAACAGGGCUUGCCCUGACACCGGCCCAGCAGCAGUUACUGCUACAGCAGGCACAGGCCCAGCUUCUGGCAGCCGCAGUUCAGCAUUCAGCCAGCCAGCAGCACAGUGCCGCAGGCGCCACCAUUUCGGCCUCCGCUGCAACACCGAUGACGCAGAUCCCCCUGUCACAGCCCAUACAGAUUGCACAGGAUCUGCAGCAGCUACAACAGCUACAACAGCAGAAUCUCAACCUGCAACAGUUCGUGUUGGUGCAUCCAACCACCAACUUGCAACCAGCACAGUUUAUCAUCUCGCAGACACCACAGGGGCAGCAGGGCCUCUUACAAGCGCAGAAUCUUUUAACACAACUACCUCAGCAAAGCCAAGCCAACCUCCUGCAGUCUCAGCCAAGCAUCACCCUCACCUCACAGCCAGCAACCCCAACACGCACAAUAGCAGCAACCCCAAUUCAGACACUCCCACAGAGCCAGUCAACACCAAAGCGAAUCGAUACACCCAGCUUGGAGGAGCCCAGUGACCUUGAGGAGCUUGAGCAGUUUGCCAAGACUUUCAAACAAAGACGGAUCAAACUUGGAUUCACUCAGGGUGAUGUUGGGCUCGCUAUGGGCAAACUCUAUGGAAAUGACUUCAGCCAAACUACCAUCUCUCGCUUUGAAGCCUUGAACCUCAGCUUUAAGAACAUGUGCAAGUUAAAGCCCCUUCUAGAGAAGUGGCUCAAUGACGCAGAGAACCUCUCAUCUGAUUCAGCACUCUCUAGCCCAAAUGCCCUGAAUUCUCCAGGGCCAGGGAUUGAGGGUUUGAACCGCAGGAGGAAGAAACGCACCAGCAUAGAGACCAACAUUCGUGUGGCCUUAGAGAAGAGUUUCCUGGAGAAUCAAAAGCCUACCUCGGAAGAAAUCACCAUGAUUGCUGAUCAACUGAAUAUGGAAAAAGAGGUGAUCCGUGUUUGGUUUUGUAAUCGCCGCCAGAAGGAGAAAAGGAUCAAUCCACCUAGCAGUGGUGGGACCAGCAGCUCACCUAUAAAAGCAAUUUUCCCUAGUCCAACCUCAUUGGUGGCAACCACACCAAGCCUUGUGACAAGCAGUGCGGCCACUACCCUGACUGUCAAUCCUGUACUCCCUCUAACCAGUGCUGCAGUAACUAAUCUCUCUGUUACAGGCACUACAGAAACAACCUCCAACAACACGGCAACAGUGAUUUCUACAGCACCUCCAGCUUCCUCUGCAGUGACACCCCCCUCUCUGAGCCCUUCCCCUUCUGCCUCUGCCUCUGCCUCUGAGGCGUCCAGUGCCAGUGAGACCAGCACCACACAGACCACCUCCGCCCCUCUGUCAUCCCCUCUUGGGACUAGCCAGGUGAUGGUGACAGCAUCCGGGUUGCAGACAGCAGCUGCUGCCCUCCAAGGAGCUGCCCAGCUGCCUGCAAAUGCCAGUCUUGCUGCAAUGGCUGCUGCAGCAGGACUAAGUCCAGGACUGAUGGCACCCUCACAGUUUGCAGCUGGAGGUGCCUUACUCAGUCUCAACCCAGGGACACUGGGCAGUGCUCUUAGCCCAGCUCUGAUGAGCAACAGUACACUCGCAACAAUUCAAGCUCUUGCAUCUGGUGGAUCUCUUCCAAUAACAUCUCUAGACGCAACUGGGAACCUGGUAUUUGCCAAUGCAGGAGGAACUCCUAACAUCGUGACUGCCCCGCUGUUCCUGAAUCCUCAGAACCUCUCUCUGCUCACCAGCAACCCCGUUAGCCUGGUCUCUGCAGCUGCAGCCUCCUCCGCAGGGACCUCUGGGCCAGUCGCCAGCCUUCACGCCCCUUCCACCUCAGCCGAGUCCAUCCAGAACUCUCUCUUCACUGUGGCCUCUGCUAGUGGGGCUGCUUCCACCACCACCACUGCCUCUAAGGCACAGUGAGUGGUGUUCAGCCGGGCCGCCACCAGCCUUCUUCAUUUUGCAGGGUGAUUUGGCUACUGGCUAGGUUUAAAACUGAAAAUCUGAUUGGCUUCCUCUCACCAUAUUGCUGGGGACAAGGGAGAGAAGGAAAACAAAGAGAAACAGGAAGGAUGGAAAGAUGGGACAGACAUUUGCCUAAUUUUGUAAUAAACACUGUCUUUUCAGGAUUGCUUCAUGGAUUGGAGAACUUUCUAACCAAAAAUGGUAAAAAAAAAAAACACAAAAAAACACAAAAAAAAUUAAGUAAAAGGACUACUUAUCAUUUCCAGCAGUCACGAUGACAAGUUAAGGUGGGUUAUCAAUUCCAACAUAGGAAGGGGAUUUCUUGUUCGUCUAAAUAUCUUUUUCUUUUUAAAAAAAAAAUCAUUUUUAUGGGUCUGUUGUACAGGCCAUUAUGUCAUAACAAGGUGUUUAUAAUCGUAUCAAUUGUGUUGGGGGUUCCUUUCUUAACUGGUACAAUUUAGGCAGGCCUGUAUUACUGUAUCUCUUUAUUAUUAUUGUUGUUGCUGUUUUAUUUUUUAUAUCCAUAUAUAUAUAUACAUACAUCUAUGUGUGUGUAUAUAUAUAUAUAUACAUAUAUAUAUAUAGUUUGGACAUGUUUGUCUCUUGCUCCUGGAUCCUUUUUCAGUGAGCUCCCGUGCUGUGGGGAGAGGAGUAUUGGGGGGCAACAAGGGAAGAGUAUAUGUUCUUCACUUUGGGGAAUGUUCUUGCUGGUUUCCUCAUCCUUGAUGACUCUUACAGAGGUGCUAGAAAAUCAUUUUCUUUGGCCACUUAUGCAAGAGGCUUGAUGCAGAAGCUGAAGGACGGCAGUGUGUGCAAGCCCCACCCCACCCCCAUCAGGCGGUGCCUUUAGAGCACUUUUGUGUGGGAAGAAAUUCCUGCUGAACUGUAGCUCUCAUUCACCCCAACCCAUUGGAUAACCUACCCUCAGAUCCAGAUCCCAGGGUGCCCUUGUGCUCUCUCUUACUUUGCAGAGAAGAUGGAUGUGUUGCAGGACAGGGUUUGGUUCUAAAGAGCAAUGACUACUGCAAACCCUGACUUGGUGGUUCUCCUCUACUCUUAUUUCAUGGAAAGAUGAUUUCAUGUAGUGGAGGAGGCCUAUAUCAUGAUAUUCAGGUUUCUCUCACCCAACUUAACUGGGCAAAGUACAAAUCAACUUACUAAAAUGAUGACAACCUUUCUACCGUGUGUGUGUGUGUGUGUGUGUGUGUGUGUGUGUGUGUGUGUGUGUGUGUGUGUGUGUGUUUAAGAAAUUGUGCUGGAUGGUUGUCCACUGAUUUAUUCUGUUUCUCCAGAGAGAAGGGCUUUGAGAACGUAGCCUAAAGGUACUCUUGAACACAGGAGGCCUUGGCCCUCCAGUGGAGCUACAUAACUUUUGAGAGAGCCGUGUCCUUUGAACAGAUGCAGGGACUUUGCACACACCUGAAGGGUCUUCGUGGUUUGUUAGCAAUGCUGCUGCUAAAAGAAAUCCAAAUAGCGAUGGGCAUUUCUUCUCAGAAUGCAGGUAGCAGUCAGCUUCUGAAGGUGUUUUCAGGGUCAUUUCUAGUCCAUGUAAAUGAGCCAGUUGAAAAGGAAAAGUUCAAGAGGAUGGAUGAGGAGAGAUGAGAGGUAAUUCAGAGGCUAGAACUGUUGUUUUGUAUUUCUUUCCUUUAAUAUACCAUUAGAGGAUCUGAACCAAAAAAAUGUCCAAAAAGAGACUGGAUUGCUGCAAUGCAGGUCAUCCUGAGCUUGCCCAGCCCGUUGGAGCUAAAGGUUUCCUUCCAUUUUGUGUCUGUGUGUGCUUGCUUUCAACUUGGGUGAGCCCAAGAAUGCACUUUGGGGGGGUGGGGUGCUAGGGGUUCAGAAAACGCUUGCACGCAGUUUUCUUUCAAAUAACUAUUCAGUUUUGCUUAGGUCCAUAAGGGAUCUAAGAUUCUGUGUAUUUGUAUCUUUCUUUACCUGCUAUCAAAAACAAACAAUAAUGUGGACACAAGUGUGCACUGUUAUUUGUGAUUCAUGUAUAUGGAAUUCACGUGAACACUGAAGUGUCAGAAACCUUUCUCCCUUCCUUUAUUCCAUUUCUUCCUCAAGCUUUUUAAUGCUUUUCCCCAGAGUAUUUAAUUACCACCCUUAAUUACCUUCCUCUUCUCACUCUUUUUCCCUCCCCCAUGAAAACCCUUCAAAACUAGUGAACUGCAAGCAGGGAAGCUAACAAAUGUCCGUCCACCUUUUUAUGUGUGGUUUUGUUUUUUUGUUGUUUGUUUUUUUAACUAAGCUUGAACCAAAGUCAAUUUUUUAGCAAGCUGCUGUACUAAUGGACUAGUUUGUAUAAGUGCAGUUCAGACACAGUGAGGAGAUAGAUGCUACUGACAAUUUCUUUUUCAUUUGUCCUUUAUUAAUUUUAUAUAAAAGUUGCUGCUUGUUUUUAAUCUUUUUUGUUGGUAAUUUGUAUGAUCCUUGGGGCAAACUCUAACUUGAUUUAUAAAUAGGUUUGGGGGUUGUUGGUUUUUUUUGUUUGGUAUGUAAAUAGAAAUGGCAGCAUGAUUACUAAUUUUCCUCCUCUUCCUCCCAUUAUUCCUCUGAUGUGGAUAAAUUUAAUAUUCUGUUGAGAUUUAACAUCUAUGGCUUUAGUCUGUGCAGAUGUUUUUAGGACUAUGAAUACUGUAGUUUCCCACAGUAAUAAUGGGGCCUCUCCUUUGGGAGCGGCAAGAAUGAGGAGGGAAGGAUUCAGGGAGGAUGAUGCUAAAUUCCUCACCAUAUUGGUUUAGAGGUUACAGCAUUGGUUUUCCAUAGUUGUUACCAAAGGAGAUAAGUCCCCAGGGACUGGAGUUCAGUGAAUUAAGAGGAUAGAAAAAGAUAGGGAUUUUUUGCUUUGUAUUUGAUUCUCAAAAAUGUCCUUCUCCCAAAUAAGAUUCACCAAUAGACUAUUAUUGAAGAAAAUGCUAAGCUUUAAGUACCUGAUGGUCUUUUCUCUCCUGUACUAUCAGUGCCCUCAUAAUUCUAAUUUGGGAUAAAGGGAUAUUCUGGUUUUUUUUUUUUUAUUUGGGGAACCACUAAUAACAUAGGCCUUAAGCCAACAUAAGGAAUCUCUAUGGUUUUAAAGGACUAUAUCAUUGGCUACAAAGAUAACUUUUAAAAAUUUCUUCCUUGUUUGUUUCAAUAUGAGUUAUAAGAGAAGGUAGCUUGAUAAAUAAUAUGUCUAGAACACUAAUAUAGCUUGUUGGAUGUUUAUUUUAAAUUCCAUUUCCUUGUGCAUUCACACACACACACACACACACACACACACACACACACACACACACACACUUUUUGCUUUAAAAAAAAAAAUUAGCUGAUCCAGUUUAGGCUUCUUUUAUACCAGGCUUUUUCAUCACUUCUAGAAGUGUUUUUUGAAUUGGAUGCAACAUCUCCUAAACCACAUUUUUUGCCUUUUAUAGGAGAUCUAAAAGUUAAAAGGAGCUGCCUAUGCAGUGAUUGAUGCCUAGUGUGUCUACUUCCACUAUCAGAAAAGUGAUUGCAAUUAGGAAUAAAAUUAGUUCUUUAGGGCUCAACUGGGUUGUCCUUUCUUCCUUUACAAAACUUUUGCUUGAACUCUCACUAUUUAAUUUGUCCAACACAUUGUAAACUUGGCUCUUGUUCUUACAUGCCCAUAUCCAUCAGUAGACUUGGACUCUAUCAAAAGUAAAAUUUGAUCACAAAUUUUGUUCACUUCCAGUGUUGAUCUAAAAGUAUAACCUAAGGACUCAGAGAAGGGACAGUGGGACACAUGAAGUUUAAUAGUACCAAUGUAAAAAAUAAAUUCAAAAUUGCCCUUUUAACUUAAAUAUGUCAGUGUGUGGUCUCAAAAUAGACAUGAGAAAAUUCAAAAGCAACCCUGUUAUCAAUGGAUUUUGAAAAAUUGAGGUUUUGGCAUGAGUUGAAGCUUAGAAGAAAUAUUAUUUUUUUAACAAGUAAGAAAAAAACAAAGGUUGCUGAGAUCAUGUCUUCACAUGGAAGGAUCACUUUCUAGAUUGAAAAAUUGUUUCCUGUUUCCUUUAAUGCCCAAGGCUGAUUUAACAUUUUUUCUUGGGGGAAAAUUAUUAAUUGUACAAAUUCCCCAGCAUCUACCAUUGCUACCUAGGUCAGGUUCUUUUCUCUUUAAUUUGAUGACAAACAGCAGUACUUUAUGUUUUAGUUGAACUCCCACUUUUCAUACUGUAGAACUGGAAUUAAUUUAUUUUAUUACAUCCUCUGAAAAUAUUCUGGCUUCUUAAAAUAGAGGAAAUAAAACAUGACAGAAAAUUGCUGCCUAGAUACAUUCAUUUGUUCAGAAUUAGGUUGUUUUAUUUGUUUUUGUUAUUGCUUCUUAAAAUCUCUGAAUAUAAUUAGUAAGAAUAUAAAGAAAGGAAAGGUCGGAACCCAUUUCAGCAUGGAAAAGAUAGGCCAAAUUACCAACAUUCAGGCUUAGUGAACUAUUGUAAUUUUAAAAAGUCUUCUUUGGGAGAGAAGGAUUGAAUGGAUUUAAUAGAAACUUUGCAGGCCCUAUAAAGUUAAUUUGGGUAGAAUUUUAGAGGGAAUAUUUAUGACCGAUUCCAACAAAGCAAAUCUCUCAGGGCAUAUUCAUUUUUAGUUUUAUGGAACAGAGAUGGAAAUCCUCUUUGCAUAACAUAUAAAAACUCUUUGGUUUGUAACAUUAAUAUUAAGAAUAUCAAGCAUAAUAGAUAAUUUCAUAAAAUGCUUGGUUGUUCUGAUUUAGCUAAAAAAUAUAAUCAAGUGCCCAAUAUUCAAAUAAUUCUGGCUGGAAAAGCUUCAAAUAGCCAACACAUUUGCCUUUGUAGCCAGUUGGAUGAAUCUUUCUAAACAUUAACAGACUGAGAUGUGCAGCAUUGACUUUUCUUCAUAGUACAUUUGGUUCCUGACACAAAAUACACACAGGUUUAGUUAGAAUUUAUGAUGCCUUGAAUUCAUUGAAUGAACAAGCUAUACAGGUAUUAGUAAGAAAUUUCAGUACCAUAUACAUUAGGCCCUUGAAAUUUGGAAUGACAUAUAAUCUAAUGGAAUAAUCAUAUUUGAGAUUUGUAACUGGAUAAAAAGAACUCAAAUUGAUAAUAAUUGACCAUUAUCAUUGCUUGUACUUGGUAUAUUGGAUAACACACAUGAUAUACACAGAACAGUAUAUCACAUUAAUUGAUUUUUAUAGAAAGGAAUGGAUGACCUCUUGAUGGACUUUUUCUGGAAAAAGGAAGUAUAUCGGUAAUGGUACCAGAAAAAGUUCAGCUAAUUGAUUCCAAACUCUUUUUGCAAGAGUCAUGUGUUUUGAGCAUCCCCUAAAAUCCUUUGUUAUAUUUACAUCACCACUUCAAGUGAAGUGUGCUUUGAUCUGUACACUGACCUCAAAUUUUAACCUCAUUAAAAUGAACUUUUAAGUAUCUCUAAAUAUACCACAUUAACUUUCCCUUUAUCCACUAAACUGUAAUGGUAGCCUAGGGAUUUCAUUACACCAUUCCUAUGCUUAUUGUUUUUAUAAACAUACUUUCUGAAAUUAAAUUGGUUGAUUAUGAAGAGCACUCAUUUGCAUAUUUCUUCCACUUGAACAUUCCACUUUUUCAGGAAAAUAUUUGUGAGGAAGGGGGAGAAAUUAUGAAAUUUUUUAAGUUAUUGUUCCCAUUUGGGACUAUAACUUUAUAAAAAGUUUUUCAAAAAGUAUAUCCCCUUCUUUUUUGUUGCUAAUUCUUCGCUUCUAAAUAUUCUAAAUUAUUGGUUUGAUUUCUAGACUUACAUAAUUUUCCCCUUGAAGGCUAUCUUUAAUUGAUUUUAAUUAAUUAAUUAAUAUGCCAUUCAUUUGGCAUUCAUUAUAGAAGCCAUUUUAACAGUUCACAUAGAAAUUAACUAUGAGUGAUUUUAUUCUAAACCAUUACUGUUUGAUUAUCUUGGAUUCUAUUAGUUGAAAAUAUAUUGUUGAAAAUUCAUUUACCUGAUAAGAGUGUUCUCUAUGGAUCAAAUACAUAUGCUCAUCUUAUCCCUGAAAGAAUACCUCUAAAAGAAUUUGUCUCUGAUAUGUGGUAUGGACAUGCCUAUGUGGAAUGCUCAUACUAUACAUCUUUAAAAAUUGCUUAUCCUAAGAAGAAAGUGAUUUUUAACUGACAAAUAUUUCUAGUAAGAUUAUCUAGCAUGACUGUAAAAAUUGGGCUUCACCAAUCAUUGUUAAAAAUAAUUAAACAGUUUACUGAAAAUAAUACCUAUUUAAACAAAUAUAAUUAUGCAUUCUUAUUUGGGGGGGAUGUCUAUGGCACAAUGAGCCUUUAGACUGCUCAAGGAAUGUGUGUGGUCAAUAACUUCUGCAUUUUUAAAAAUCUAGACAAAGUUAUUCAAGAAAAAUAGAGGAGGGCAUAGAAAACUAAUUCAGUUUUUAGGUUAGAGUCUAAUACUUAACAUCAAAAUUACCAUUUAACCUGCUGGUUAAAACCAUAUACAUUUGCAAAACUAGAAAACAUUCUUGUAAGCUUUUUUUAACUCUUAGGCCUAAUUAGAAUCAUUUCUGUAAAGUAAAAAUUAUAAAACCAACAAAUUAAACUACUUAUUGAUCAGAAUUAAGUACAAUUCCCCACUCGUUUCAUCCUCACAGGACUUUUUUUUUUUUUUACAAAAAAAGGAAAAUAUUAAAUGUAUAGGAAUUUUUUCAUUUUUUUCCUAAGGAGACUGACUGGGAGGAUGAACAAAAAAACAGAAAGGGGGUUGCUGUCAGACUCUUCUGAUCUCUGUGAACCACUAAGAACCUUCCAAGAUUAAUCUUUAAGAAAUAGUUUAGAAAGAGGUCUAAAGAAUUAAGUAGAUUAAUCAAAGUUCUCAAAAUCAAUCUCUGAAAUUAAUGUAUUUCAACUUUAUUUCUCUCAUUCUAGCCUAUCUAUUAAAAGUGUAAAAGGAAGAAAAAUAUAAGACAAAUUUUACAAAAAAGCAAGGAAAGGUGAUGAAAUGGGGAAAAAAAAGAAAAGAAAAAAGCUUGAAAAUGAAUUACUUAGAUGAGUUCACUCUAUGUGAAUUUAAUUGCAACUUAGCCAUUUGAGAAAAAUACUGAAAUCUUACAUUUUCAAGGAAAAUGCUGGUCACGUUGUAAACAUCUCCCUCGGGUUCAAUCCUGUAAAACCUGGAGAUAGAAUAUUCACUUUCAUGGAAAAGGAAGGAUUGACUUAUUUUAUACCAUCCUUUUUCUCACUAUCCAGUCAUAACAAAGAUCAGGCACCAUGUAUUUAUCCUUUGUCUAGUUAAGGCACACAGAAUUCCCACUUCCAGUGUAAUCUUGAGUAGGCAUGGGACUCAGAAGAGACCGUAUUGGACUAGCCUGUGAUUUCACCUAGAGGAAUUUGGAAAGAUGUAUUGCAAUUAUAAAGCUAAUACAUAAGAAGAGGAAAGGAUCUAGCAUUUCUCAAUGGGCUAAUUUAGAUCCAGAUUGCUUUUUAACACAUGACCUGUUGCUUUCCUCCAACUAGUCCUAUUCAGGCAACAUCUCAUAGCUUUAACUCCUAUAUUUUUGGUCCCCACUUGAAACAAUAAUCUUAGGUGAAUCUUCUUGUAUGAUAUUUUAUAGCUGAUUGGAGAAUCCCUGAUUUAAAUGGCCUUUGGCUCCCUUUUCUCCCAUUCUUUUAUCCCUCUUCUCUAUGAAUGAUAGUACUAUAGGGCUGUGAGGAUAAUGCUUAUAGGUAGCAGCUAGUUUCUGGCACCUUCAUGAAAUACCUCAACAUAGCUUAGCAUUGUUGCAGAACUGAUUUUAAAUGGGAAAAAAAUCAGAAAAAGAAUAAAUCAAACUUUAUAAAUAAAUAGUGGAAAUAAUUCUAGCUGUAGAGUUUAGUUGAACUGAGGUUUAUUAUGAUUGAUAAACAUGAUUAUGCUGUAUGUAUUUUGGAUCCUGUUUAUAGGUUACAACUUUAUAGGGCUGGGAGGGGAGGGAUGGGGAGGGUAUGAGAAAGAGAGUUGAUUAUGUUAGAAGGAAAAUGUUACUCAUGAUUUUUUUUCUGUCUUGCCAAAGGAAACUAUCACUCCUGUGAUUGAAAUUAGGUUGGUUUAUCUGUGGCUUUAAAACUGCAGCACAGCACAUAGUGUGGGACACAAGUUGAUAGAGUGUAUUGCAUGGGUUCAGGGUCCAACAGAGAUGCAUAUACACUCCUCUCUUUCCCUUCUGACUUUCUCCUUUCUUCCUGCCCCUCCAAAUGAAUCAUUUUCUCUGUAAGGAUCUAAGGCUUAGGCAGCAGAGAGUGAAUGUAUGAAUGAAGUGUAUAUGUGUGGAUACUCAGUGAGUAUAAUUGCAAAUGUUUGGGCGAUUGGAAAAUGGAAGGAAGAAUAGGGAUAUAUUGUUUAAUUUGGGGAAAGAAGUUAAGUGAAUGAAUGAUUGUGUCUUAACCUAAAUAGGAAGCUCAAAGUAAAACAGAUCCCUUUUACCCCCUUUUCGUCCUGAUACUGAAUGUAGUGCUUGUAGGGCAGAUAGGAAAAACACUUUUUAAAACUUUAUUUCCUUUUCUAAUAGCAGUGCUAAUUAUUUCUAGACCAAAAAUGCAAACAAAAGAAAAAUCAAAUGUAAGAAGCGAAAGCUAACCUCCACGUCACACCUGAACAUACUUAACUGGUGUACCCAAAGGAAACUAGCUACUGUGAGACAUCACUUUUAAGAGACUAACUAACUAGUUGGGCUGUCAGAGGGGUGGUUUUUCUUAUAGAAGACAUUUAUUAUUGUGGCAUUCUCUUGGCAUGGGGUAGGAUAUUUAGAGGAGGUUAUGAUGCUUAUUUGGGAAGAAUUAAGGAUCUUUUCCAUCCUCACGACAGCACACCUCAUCUGGGGGUCUUGAGUUAUGUAUGUGCCUCAAAAGGCCAAGUUCUAGAGAAAAUCCAUCUCAGUUUGGUUGGAGGACAAGAGCUUUCAAUAGGCCAAUGAUGGCUCUGCUUUUUUUUUUUUUCUUCAGGAUUGGGCAGAUUAGAAAAGAGGGGAAAGCUGGACCUUAGGAAAGCUUUGUUUCUAUUUCCUUCCCUUAGCUCACCACUAUUCACCAUUUCCCCCCCCUUAAGGGAGCUUUGUGAAUUUCUCCCGGCUUUAGGGAAAAGUUGUUGGUGGUUCAGUUCUCUGGCCCAGUGAAGACUAGCUAGAAUUGCUCAGUGUCACAAUGGUGGUCUUGGAAUUGCUAGGAAACUUGGUCAACCGAAUACUCAGUGAGUGUAAUAAAACCAGCACAAUGUGUUAGAAUUCAUAUAGCAUUCCUAUAUCCUUGCUGCAUUUUUUAAGAGUAGCAUAGAAUGGUGAAGACUGUGUGAGAACUAAAAGACUAUUCUAAUACAUAGCAAUUUGUUCAGGAAAAAAAGUUCUCUGCAGAUGACUUUUGGAGUUGAGUAGUUUGUUUAUCAGGUGUACUGUUGUGGCCCAGAGGAGGAGGAAAGAGAGUAAAGAAGUGUACUUUCCAUCAGAAAAUGACCGAGUGAUUCAAAGACUUACUGUUCUGACAUUAUGUAAAAGUGGUAUUAAUGUUGUGUGACUUUGCAGAGAGCUAGGUAGGGUUAUAGAUAGGCAUUAGGAAUUUCAAAGAAAUGACUUCUCAAAGAUAAGAGCACUUGAAACAAAAAAGUAUAGAAAAACAAAGUGUGCUUUACAGAAAAUAAAUCUGAGGAAGGAAAUCAAACUUACCUGUCAGUAAGGGUGAAAGGGGGGUAUAGUUGAAUAUUCACGUCCUUGGAUCUGCCCACUUCCUACAGGGCACACUAUCUCUUUUUACCAAAACAGGACACCGUCAUAGGUUUCAGAUUUCAAAACUAACUUAUCUGAAAAAUUAUUAAAAUCUGCUGUAAAGUCCCCCCCCCAUUUUUUUCUGUAUUUACUUGUAUAUCCUUUUUUAGACCACCAUGGGAACAGUUGAGGGUUUCUUCGGCUAACUUGGCAGUGGCGUUUAGUCCUCUAACAUGUAUGUCUUGAGCUCUUUGGUUGAGUAUUGUGCUGUCAAAAGCCAGACUAUGAAGUGAGCAUCCCAUCCCUAUAGCUUCCUUGAGUUGGGAUGUCUUUCAGGUGGAAAUGGCAGAGCUAAGGAUAGGACAUGAUGAAUUACUUCCUUCCCACCCUUGCCACUCCACUCCCUGUCCCUUUAUUAGUAAAGAGGGAGGGAAGGGAAAUGUACACCAUCAUUAAAAUGGCAGUGUCCAUUCGAAAAGGGCCCUGGCCCUGGGCACCCUCUCUUGGAUGAGUAGGCAGAAGGAAGCCAAGUGGACUGUGCUGACCUAGUUGGACUUAGGACAUCAAAGAUAGCCUUGAAAAGGGAGCAGAUUGUAGAGUUGUGCACUAGUUGGUGUAGGGCAAGUCUUGCCUCUUCAGGUAAAUGGAGAGGCGGGCUCUUCACCAACGCUCCGGCUCUGUCUGAGUGGGCAGCAGGGUAGGAAGCCCCAUGGCCUGCUCUCGGAAGAAUGAUCCUCCCAGCACUGACCCCCGUCGGUAGUUCCAUUUCUCCCAUCUGUGGUAGUGGCCAGAGGAGGAGAGGUGACUCGGGGUGGCCGACGUCUGCGCCCGCACAGAAGCUCUUAUUGUAUACCUCAUUUCUAACUCGUGACUGAGUAACUAGCUUUAACUUUCUCCAAACCCCACAGAGGUGCCAAGGACAUCCUCCCUCCCUGGAGUUCUGCUGAACUCUGGCCUAUAGCAUCACAUGACCUGCAGCCUGGGCUGGGACCCCCAAAGCCUCCGAAUGUCGCUGCUUAAAAGCUACUGCAACUGAGGGCAAAUUGCAAUCUCGUACUACUUCCUUCCUUUGCUUCCCGGGGGUGUUCUCAGUCCGGUGUUGUCCUUUUCCAUCCAUCUCCCUCACCACCCAUGUGUGUCUCCAGCACUGCCCCAGCUCUUCCAUCAAGUAUACAAUGCCUUUUCCCUGUGGGGUUGGGGGCUAUCCUCUUCCCCGGGAGGCCUCAGGGGUCCAAGAAAGGACAUCAAAGACUCCUCCCAGCUGACUGCUGCAUACACAUUCCACGUUUUUUCUUUGACAUGACCAAAAAAAAUCCAAAUAUUUAAUUUUAUUAUUAUUAUUAUUAAUAUUAUUAUUAUUAUUUGACAAUCUUCUAUCCAACGGGCGGUCUAGAAGCUGCGUCUUCAGUCCUUUCACCUUUUCUUUGAAUGUACGUUUCCCUCACCCCACCCCCCCAAUGGAGAAAAAAGCUUUGCCAGGUCAUGAUACUGCUGCUAUAAGCCAGGGGAGGGUGGUUUCUUUGUUUUGUUUUGUUCUUUUAAAAAUUUCCAGCCAAAACCAAAGAUUUCUUAAUGAUUGUAUAAACUCAAAACAAACAAAAAAACCAAAGAAAAGGGGAGUCUUCAGCACUGUUCCAAUCUGUGAUGCGGUCUGGCAUUUGAGGGAGCUGGUGGGGAGGAAGGCAGAGGGACUCCUAGCUGGCUCAAAAAAAUAAUAAUAAUAAAAAGAUAAAAAAAAAACAACCAAAAAACAAAAGAAUCCUUGCCAUAGGCUAAUGGUUGUUCAGCAGUUUUCCAGGGCAGAGAUGAUACAAAGCCAGUUGGGUCUGUCCCACCUCUAUGGCUUUCUUCUACUCUGAGGGGAACGCACUGCUCCCAGUUUUGAAAAAUCGACAAAAUCCAACAGAAACUGCCCUCCAAUAACCAGGGUUCGGCCACGGAGACCGGGGGAGGAAUGGGGGUGAGGGCAGCCACUAGGGGCUACUCCACAGAUUGGUGAAGAGACUGGAGCACCUGGGCAGGCUUGAUGGCUCUGACACCAGGUGCUUCAGCCUCAGGGCUGGGUGAUGAUUGAUAGACGCUGAGGUGCACUUCUGAGGGCUCAUUUGGUUGUGUUCUUUAAUUUCUUUCUUUCAACUGCUUGGAAGCGGCUGCCCUGUUUGUGAGAAAUCACGAUGAAAGAUGAUCAGAGCUUCUCGUUUCUUUGGUUUUUUUCCUCCCCCUCUCUCUUUUUUGCAGCCCUACUGUGCAACUAUGCAUUGUACUUCUCAACCUUUUGUGCUAGGUAGAUGCCUGUGACUUUUUAACUUGGGGGUGGGGUGGGGUGGGGGGAUUGCAAAUGAAGGAACUUUUUACAUGGAUCUUUUUAAUCUCAGUUGAUUGGGGAUGGGGGGGGUGUUUGGUUCUAGGGUCAUACAAGCUCUAUCCCAAAGCAAAAUCCAAAUGUUAAUAAUAUUAGCCUGAUGCAGAUACCAAAGAUAAUUUCUUUCCUGCAGAACCUUAGACUCGUGUAUUAAGUACGAUUACCCAGCACUUGCAUUAGUCUAACCUCAGUAAUUCCAAAGCUUAGAUGUAUAUUUUGGUAUAUUUCUGGGAUAUUAAAAAAAAUUGUCGUUUAAAAUUCUUGUUUGUUUCAGUGUAAUGCUCUUAAAGUCAUAGCAUGGAAAUAACUGAACUGUCCUAUUCUUAGUAGUUUGAAAUAAUAGUAUUUUUGUAUGUUUUGGGUGUGUCUAUGUAUGUAUUAACACAACAGUUUUCACUGCCUAGGUGUUCAUAAUAAAAAAAAAAGAAAAUUAAAAAGUUCUAAGUGUACAUAAUAUUCAGUAAUGAACUUCCACCAGACUCUCGAUUUGAAUUACGUUUUCACUGAUUGCUAUUCCCAGCUGGGAUUUUUUUUUUAAGAGACAGUGACUUUGUUUUUCUAAAAAUGUUUUCUUUUCUUCUUCUUUAAACGAAGAUUGAUUCAGGGGUGUUUUUCCACUGUUGUAAAUGGCGGGCCUCAAGUGGCCAUAAGUGCCCUUGCCCCCCAGAGUUUUUUUGUUUUUGUGUACUUUACUUUUAAAAUGUGAGUUUGUGUUCCUCUUUGUGGAAACUGAGAUGGGGUGUAAAUGAUUCCUUCCCAAAUUGUCCAAUAGCUUUAACAAGGCAAUGACAAUUCCCAUUUGGUUUAUUGGGAGUCCUCUUACAUUUCUCCUUAGAUAAAUUUGCAAUCUAGGUGGCUAUUGUAUAGCCUCCUAUCCCAGACUGCCUGGUCAGCCACUUCUCCCUCUGACAUAAAUAUUUUUUAAGAGAAUCAGCUAAAAACUUCGAGGCUUAGGUCUUGUUCUCUGUACCCGUACGAAAACAGCUCUUCUUGGUUUUGAAAACCUGAAACGCGCAAGGCCUGAAGUUUAGGAAAUUAGCUGAUGUCUCCUGAGGCUGGGAGGGUGGAUGGGUGGGGGGGACACUAGGGGUGCUUUCUCUUUAAAAGUACCCUUCCUGUCCCCCCUCUUCCCACCCUCCAAUCCCACUGGGGCCACCUACAGGGGACUGUAGGCCUGGAGAGAUUGUGUAGAUGACGGUGAAUCAGAAUGAAAUGGUAGAUUUUGUGUAGAUGCAUUUGUCUGCUGUAAUUUUUUAUAUAUAUAAAACUUACUGUAACUGUACAGUUCAUUUCUGUUGUAAACAUCAUUAAAUCAUUUUCCAAGUGUUUUAA